AUGGGCGAACCAAAGCCCGUGUCUGGCACCCUACGCACAGCAGAGGGGUCGAUUCUCAAAGAUGUCGACGGACGCCGCCUUCACAUGCAAGAGAUUUGCCGCAACAACCUUGUCCUCGUCUGCACCUUCAAAUCUGUGAGCUGCCCGGUUUGUCCACAGAAGCUGCAAAGGCUCUUCAUGGAGCCGCUCCGAAGCCUUUGCCGCGAAGCCAUGGUCAAAUGGAUCGUGCUCAGUCCGGGUCCCCCUGCGGCGCUGAAGGCGCUGAGAGACCAGCUCCAUCUCAAGGAAGACGUGCCUUUCGUUUGUGAUGAAGACUUGCAAAUCGCAGCAUCUGUGAAUGCAACUCCGAACAUCGGGCAAAUACUGCCUUGCUUCUUCGAGAUUAAGGCAGACCUGUCGGUUGGCUGGAGCCACAUUGACCGAGGCAGCAACUUCGGCGACACGAAGGUUCAGGAGUUCUUGACUUGCAGGCUGAACGAGGCUUGGGAACUCGCUGAAGCGGCCUACUGCCAGCUCGAGAUCGCUAUCCAAAGAGUGCGAAGCUCGCCCGAAGAGCUGCAGCUUGGCAGCCAAGGUCAUGUUCCAUCACCGGUCAUCCGCGACAUGUUCCAAUUCUUGGAACAUUGGGAAGGCAAGCACCUAGCAAGCAGCAACCGAGAGCUCCACAGGACCUUCAGCUCCUUCGGGAUGCAAAAGGCAGAAGACUGUUUGGAGGAGGCCAAGUUCUUCCGUGGAAGGAGUAUGCUUGAGCAGAGUGCUGAGCUUCAAGAGGGCCGUGGGCGUUUGCUCCAACGAGUGCUGAUCACUGGCGGUACCUGGCAAAGCUGUCCUGGUUCAAUCAGACAGGCUUGUCAAGAUGGCAGGUACAUGGUGUUAGUCUACUCGUCUAUGGGACUUCAAAACUUAGAGGCCUCCAACCUUGAGGCUGUUCCUUGGUGCAGCAUGUCGAUCCCAUGCUUGGAGGAAGUGCGUGCAUCCAUGCUGCAUCAUAUUGAUCUCCUCGGCCAGCCCAUCAAGCGGUUUGUGGCGAUUGCAGAGGAAUUCUUUCAAAAACGCCAACUCGUGCCGCAGAACGCGGCAAACAGCGCACGGGAGAUUGCCACGACAUCCAUCAAGAGCAAGCCGCUCUCGGCGGCAAUCGUGGUCACAUGUAUGGAGAAGGUCAGGGAGCUCGUCGCAAGAGAGAUCGCCAACACGUUGCGGAGUCUCGGGACUGCUGCGCAGGUGGACCUGUCGCUUUGCACGGCGCCUUCCGGUGCGGCUUUGUGUACAGCGUGUCAGCCUGACCCACAAGGCCUGGCGAAUGCCUUACGAGGCCUUGCCACGGCGUUGGUGCCCCCAAGCGAGGAGCUUAUGGAACGCCUUGGCCAGCAAGUCCUCCGACGCUGCCCGGAGCAUGAUCCACAGAAUUGUGCAAACACGAUGCGAGCACAUGGCGUGCCUGUGGUUGGGGGCAGCCCGGUGAUCGCUGCUUCAUCGAAGAGGGCCACAGAGGUUAUCAGCGAGUUUGCCUGUCAGUCCCUCGCCAACACAGGCUGGUCGCUGGCAAACUCGAGCGCCACAGGCGAUGAGUUGCUCAGCUCAGCUGAGGCGCGGGCCAAGGGGCAGCGGGCAGCUAGUGCUUGA